GUUCCUCGGUCCCGCAGUGCCCUCACCACCGCUGGAUUCACCGGCCGUCUUCUCUCCCUGGUGCCAGCAUCUUUAGUGUGUCUGCAGUCUCUGGUCAUCUCCUGUACUGUGUCUGCAGUCUCUGGUCAACUCCUGUACUAUGUCCGCAAUCUCUGGUCAUCUCCUGUAGUUGUCCGCAGUCUCUGGUCAUCUCCUGUAAUAUGUCCGCAGUCUCUGGUCAUCUCCUGUAGUAUGUCCGCAGUCUCUGGUCAUCUGCUGUAAUAUGUCCGCAGUCUCUGGCAUCUCUGUACUGGUCAUCUCCUGUACUGUGUCUGUCAGUCUCUGGUCAUCUCCUAUACUAUGUCUGCAGUCUCUGGUCGUCUCCUGUACUAUGUCUGCAGUCUCUGGUCAUCUCCUGUAGUAAAUCCGCAGUCUCUGGUCAUUUCCUGUACUAUGUCCGCAGUCCAUUCAUUCAGAAUAUUUUUUUUCUUCUUUUCCUCCUCUAAAACCUAGGUACGUCUUGUGGUCAGGUGCGUCUUAUGU